AUGCAAAGCGCUGUGGAAAAUGAAAUUCAGCGGCUUCAGGAUCUUGGUAUUCUUGUUCCAGUUGACCAUUCAGACUGGGCAGCACCAAUUGUGGUAGUACGGAAGCCAAACGGAGCCGUGCGUAUUUGUGCUGAUUUCUCUACUGGACUAAACAGUAAUUUAGAGUCCAACCAGUACCCGCUACCAUUGCCUGAGGACAUAUUUGCGAAAAUGGCGGGAUGUAAACUGUUUAGUCACAUCGACUUGUCAGAUGCUUACCUUCAAGUAGAGAUUGAUACACGCGACCAGUACCUUCUCACCAUCAACACACAUAAGGGAUUGUUUCGUUACACCCGUCUAACUCCGGGCAUCAAGUCAGCUCCGGGAGUGUUUCAGCAGUUGGUGGACACAAUGGUCAGCGAUCUCAACGGAACAUGUGGUUAUCUAGACAACAUUUUAGUCGGUGGCCGUACACAAGAAGAGCAUGACCACAAUUUACAUCAAACUCUGCGUCGACUCGGAGAGUAUGGUUUCACAGUGAGGAUUGAAAAAUGCAGUUUUCAAAUGUCACAAAUCAAGUACCUCGGACAGAUACUUGAUAGCGAUGGAAUAAAGCCAGAUCCAGACAAAUCAGCAGCCGUAGCAAGCAUGCCACCGCCACAUGAUGUUCCAUCGUUGCGUUCGUAUCUGGGUGCUGUCAAUUACUAUGCAAAGUACAUUCCGGAAAUGCGCAACCUUCGGUUCCCGAUGGAUGAACUACUCAGAACGGGUUCAAAGUGGAUCUGGUCGGAAGCAUGUCAGCGUUCAUUUGACAGAUUUCGUAAAAUUCUGCAGUCGCCGCUCGCGUUGACACACUACAAUCCAAAACUCGACAUUGUGGUGUCAGCGGAUGCAUCCCAGCAAGGAAUCGGUGCACGCAUAGCUCAUAAAUUUCCGGAUGGAACAAUUAAAGCAAUUUCAUAUGCUUCACGUAGUCUCACUCCAGCUGAAACCAACUAUAGUCAAAUAGAAAAGGAGGGACUCGCUCUCAUCUUCGCCGUAACGCGUUUUCAUCGCAUGAUAUUUGGUCGAAGUUUCAUACUCGAAACGGAUCACAAACCGUUGUUAUCGAUUUUCGGAAGCAAAAAAGGUAUUCCUGUGUACACUGCAAACAGACUGCAGCGGUGGGCACUGACGUUACUAUUAUAUAACUUCACCAUUCAGUACGUCAGAACAGAAAGCUUUGGGUACGCAGACGUUCUUUCGCGGCUGAUCAACAAUCACAUUCGGCCUAAUGAAGAGUAUGUCAUCGCAUCGAUCGAGUUGGAAGAAUCAGUCAAGCACAGUUUUGAACAAUCUUUAGAAGUGUUACCAGUCACAUUCAAGAUGAUCCAAGAUGAAACGCAAGCAGACUCACUUCUUAAGACAGUUAUUAGUUACGUGCAAUCCAGAUGGCCUACUAAUAGAUCCGAUCUCAGCGAUCCACAGUUGCAUCAGUUUCAACAGCGUCGAGAUAGUCUUUCAGUAUUUUCAAGCUGUUUGAUGUACGGAGAACGGAUAGUCAUCCCAACCAAAUUUAGGAAUCGAGUACUUCAUCAAUUGCAUAAAGGACAUCCAGGUGUGGAACGAAUGAGAUCGUUAGCGCGUAAUUACGUGUACUGGCCUGGUAUCGAUGAACAGAUAGCUCAGGUUGUUCGCUCCUGCAAUAAGUGUGCUGAAGCAGCGAAAACUAACAGCAAGACCAAGCUAGAAAGUUGGCCUCUUCCACAGCAACCAUGGCAGCGAGUGCAUUGCGAUUUCGCCGGACCAGUAGAUGGAAUCUACUACCUGAUUGUUGUGGACGCGUACAGCAGAUGGCCGGAAGUUAUUCCUACUAAACGAAUCACCACGGCCGCAACGUUAACCAUGUUUAGAGAAAUUUUUUCGAGGCAUGGCAUGCCGGAAACGUUAAUUACAGACAAUGGCACGCAGUUUACCAGUGAGAACUUCGAAAGCUAUUGCACCAACAACGGCAUUCUUCAUUUGAAAACACCACCGUAUCAUCCACAAUCAAAUGGACUGGCUGAACGUUUUGUGGACACAUUCAAACGGACACUCAGAAAAAUUAUGACGGGGGGAGAGAGCCUUCGGGAAGCAAUUGAUACUUUCCUUCUUUGUUAUCGCUCCACACCAUGCCGUAGUGCACCGGAAGGUAAGACACCAGCAGAAUUGUUGCUGGGCAGACGAUUGCGAACAUCCUUGGACCUGUUGAAGCCUCCUACAGCGUAUUACAAAUCAGCAGACUCCAAGCAAGAAGAACAGUUCAACCGGAAGCAUGGUACCAAAAGUCGGAAAUAUUUGAUUGGUGAAUCGGUUUGGGCCAAAGUUCAUCGCAACAAUACUUGGACUUGGGAGCCCGGACAGGUGCUAGAACGAGUUGAUCGGGUAAUCUACAACGUGUGGUUAUCAUCAGAGCAGAACCUUAUCAGGUCUCACUGCAACCAACUACGAAGGCGCUAUGGAGCUGAAACUUCAGUCAAGCAGCAGUCAACCGAUAUUCCCCUGAAUAUUCUUUUAGAUACCUGGGGACUUCGUCCAGCACCACUUGAGCAGGCGUCUCAAGAGUCUCAAGAGAUUAUUCUGGAAACUCAAACAACGGAAACAAAGAACUCAAUUCCCCAGAAUACCGAGUCUAGGGAGAUUGUUCAACGUUCCCAUACACGCACAACGAGAGCAAACAGUCAACAAGAAGCGCCAGCUGAAUCGGCUUCGAUCACUCCAAAUCAUUUUUUGCGAGGAUACCCAUCUGAAAUACGCACUAUAGAAUCGCAAGCAACGUAUGAAGCUGAAGCACUACGAGAUGAUUAUGAGAGAUCUCAACACUUAGCAGACCAACUUUGGUCAAGGUACCUGAAGGAGUAUCUCCCAACUAUUAAUCAUCCGACAAAAUGGCAUGACGAACAAGUGCCAAUAGAGACGGGUGACCUGGUUUACUUGGUAAACAACAGCAAAAAAGUCUGGACUCGUGGUAUUGUGGAAGAGCUGAUCAUCGGCAAGAUGGGCGCGUCCGACAAGUUAUGGUUUAAACGAAUAAGCGAAGAUUUAUGCGGCCGUUGUCUAAGUUGGCGGUGCUAG